GUAUCAUAUAAAAUACAGCUAGAUUCCGUCUAUUUUACAUCAAAUUUCAAUAGCGUGACUUAAUCAGGAAGGAAAAUUAUGGAAAGUAUCGCUUGUUACACUGUGUUCAUCUUUAUUAUGUUCAUAGAUAAACUUCAGUCAGUAGUGAAAAUUUACGUAUAGUGAAUACUGGAUAAUUUGUUAUUAUUGACAAACAAUAUCUGUCAAUAUUAUAACAACGAUAAACUUCGUUCUUACAUUUAUAUCUUUAUACAAUACUUAAAAAAGGUCAAAUAACUUUAUAAUAAAUGCACAUUAAGUGCUAGGAUGCAUUGCAUUUCAUUUAUAGUAUAGCGGUUAUCAGUAUGUUAUACAUGUAAUCUAUGAAUCGGCACACUUAAUACUCAAUGACCUUGUUAAAUUUUCUUAAACCGAGUAAAAAUGGAUGCAACACGUUUAUUUCUAAUUGGCGCGUUAAUGUUGCCUCGCAUCGAGUCAAGCAAGUUAAUCUUUUUUCUUGUGGAUGGAUUCCGCUGGGACUAUUUUCAGCUACAUGACUUACGGAUGAAGGGAUUCACGCGGUUAUUUCAGCAGGGAACCAGGGCAGAAUGGAUGGUUCCCGAUUUUCCAACAAACAGUGUUCCUAACUAUAAAACUCUGGAAACAGGUUUGCACGUGGAGAAUCAUGGCAUGGUGGGUAACUACAUGUACGACGAGACGUCAGGGAAUCAUUUUAAACUUUCACUAGACAACCCCGCAAGCUUCGAUCCUACCUGGUGGAACCGAUCUGAAUCUUUCUUUAUAACUGCCGAAAAACAGGGCAUACGGACGGGUCUAUACAAUGUGCGAGGAUGUAAUAUAGAAAUAGAUAGUACCGUACCGACAUUCUGCCUGCCGUACACAAAGAUCCCGAGCAAGGUAGAAACAGACUGGGCAAUCUCUGAUGCACUAGAAAAGAUGAGAGACGACAAGUUGGAUAUAGCGUAUAUUUAUCACGAAAAUGUUGAUUCUAUGGGGCAUUACCACGGACCAAAUUCUAAACAAGUACAUCACGCUGUAGAAGAGGUGGACAAUCAUAUUGACAAAAUGUUGGAUAUUAUCGAAGGUCGCAAUCAGGACAAUGUAGAUGUAAUUGUGCUGUCCGACCACGGCAUGUCGACUAUAGACAAGCUUCAUAAGAUCAACAUCACAGAGGCGCUUGAUAUGAGGUACAUCAAAGAAAUAACAGAAGGAGGAACACAAGUUUAUAUAUGGCCGGAGAGCGGGAAAGGAAAACAUGUAUAUGACAAGCUGAAAUCUUUUCAUCGCCAUCUGCGGGUGUACCUUAGAGAUGAGAUCAUUGACCGAUGGUUUUUCAAAAAACACAGUCUCAUUCCGCCUAUAUAUCUUACCUCGGAUAAAGGAUGGUACAUUGUGCAUCCUAAAUCUCCGGCAGGAUACUUUGACAGUACAGAAAAUCUGAUGCUAGGUAAUCACGGAUUUGAUAAUGACGAUCACGAUAUGCGUUCUAUAUUCCUGGCCUAUGGACCUGAUUUCCGAGAUGGUUACAUCGCAAAACCUUUCUCCAACGUCAACGUUUAUCAAAUUAUAUGUUACGUGACAGGUAUCAACGCAAGGGCAAAUAACGGCACAUGGUCCGAGGUCAAGGACAUGUUGGUAGACCGCAAACAACAUUCGGAACUUUGAACAUUCCAGUUUCACUAUUUGUGAUCUUUUUCUAGCUUGUAUAAUUGAUAGAUCCACUAUUAAGUUGGUUAGAACCGGAUCAGGAGCAGAUUCGUUUUUGCAGUAUCAAGUAAAAUAAUAGUUUUUCUUCGGCUGAUCUUACAAUCAAUAUUUGGUUAUAUUUCCGAUUGCAAAAAGACUAUCAUUUAAAUAUCUGUCAAAGCUAUGAAAACCAAAACUGCAGUGUCUGGAUUUCAGAUAUUUUGUCUGGUUUGUUCCACAUGUUGGCAUAUAAUACUAGUUUGAGGAGACUACAAGUGGCACUUCUACAGUGUCCUCCAAAUUCUAACAAAACUGUUUUUCGCCAUGUAAGUUACACAUACCUGGGAUAUGACAUUCUUAAUUUUGUGACACUAACAACAGCGUAAUAAGCGAAAGUUGUAUUCUUUCCAAAAUCAAUAUACUUUAACUGGAGACAUGGUACAUGUAUAUAAAAAUACUUGAAAAUGAAAAAAAAAUCGAUGAAAGUGUAUAACUACAAAACAUAACGUGAGCCGUGCUUCGUCUUUCUGAAGCUUAUCUUUGUAUGACAUAACUAUUAUAAUGGCACAACGUCGAUUCAAAACAAGUAAUUGUGUUUUCCCUAUUUCAGUUGUUAUAGACCUUGAACUGACAAUAACCUGCACCCCCCUUCUAGGGAUAUUUCUACGCUAUGAUUUUCUUAAAGCAUAUGAUGCCAGCUAUCAUUCUAGAAAUUCUGCCAUCUGGCAGUCGAGUUCUAUUUACGUUACAGCCUACUUUAUACGUUACCAUUAACAUUUUUUUAGAAAAUACUGACUGGCACUACAGUUCGCCAUAAAUGGUUUACUACCUACACAAUAUGUCAGUGUAUAAAGAUAGAAUAUACCGAUUUACCGGUAUAUUUUGUAGGUAAAAGUGACACUUAUAGGUAUAAGCUUUACGUUAUCAAAUUUACGUUACCAAAAAUUACAAUUAAAAUAGAAAAUAUAACUAUGCGAUUUUACAUUUCAUUUGAAGUGUCUAUGUCAAAAGUGUUACAAAACAAGUUGUGGUUAUAACAGAAAAGAGCUUAACAUAUAUCAGUUGUAAAAUACUUCUAAUUAUUACGAAAAAUAAGCAGUAAAAAUGUACAGUAAAGAAGGUAAAAUAAUAUAUUAUUGACUAUUCAAGUUUAUAAUAUUAAAAAAGUUUCGCUUUUCAUCGAAAGCAAUAAUCGUGAUAGUUCCAUCCAGAGAAUGUUCAAUUGCUUACAAAUAAAUAAUCACAUAAAAAUU